UCUAGAAAUAAAUAUGAACCAAUCCAAGAUUGAUUUUUUGUUUGUUUAAUCCUGGCAGUAUUCUGAACUAAAUCGUAUUCAUUCUUCCCUUUACUUUCCAGACUUUUUUAUUUUAUUUAUUUAUUUAUUUUUUGAGACAGAGUCUCGCCCAGGCUGGAAUGCAGUGCCACAAUCUUGGUUCACUGCAACCUCUGCCUCCCUGGUUCAAGCGAUUCUCCUGCCUCAGCCUCCCGAGUAGCUGGGACUACAGGCAUGCGCCACCACGCCAGGCUAAUUUUUGCAUUUUUAGUAGAGAUGGGGUUUUACAUAUUGAUCAGGCUGGUCUUGAACUCCUGACCUCGUGAUCCACUCGCCUCAGCUUCCCAAAGUGUUGAGAUUACAGGCAUGAGCCACUGCACCAGGCCACUUUCCAGAUAUAGGCCCUAAUUUAUUGUGUCUCAAAUGCCAAAUAAAUUUGAGCUUAGACUGGAGCUGCUGUACUGAUACAGGAUUGGAUUUAUGGGUGAAUGGGUGACUAUAGGUGUCAUGUUAUUUUCAUAGAACCAUUCAGGUUUGAAAUUAAGAAGGAAAGAAGUUCCCUUGAAUAGAGAUAGCCAGAGGCAGAAUUAAGACCUUUCUUCCAAGAUCAAUCUGAAAUAACAUUUUGGCAAGUAGAAAGAGGCAUGCCUGUCAUAGAAGAAAUAAAAAGGCAACUUGGAAGAACAGAAAAAGGGAGGACUAGAUAGAAAUUAGUUAACUGUCUAGCUGGGCAUGGUGGCAGGCAUCUGUAAUACCGGCUACUCAGGAGGCUGAGGCAGGAGAAUCGCUUGAACUCAGGAAGCGGAGGUUGCAGUGAGCCGAGAUCAUGCCAUUGCACUCCAGCCUGGGCGACAGAGCGAGAUUCGAGGGAAGUGAUCACCUAAAUCAGUGUUUUAUCAACUUUUUAAAAUUAUCUUCCCCCUAAAGAGCCUUUCUAGACAUUUUUUCCUGCUAAUUCUCCCAUACCCUUACCAUGAAAUUAAAUGCUCAGGAAUGAUUGUUUUGGUAAGGUUAAGCUUUGGAGUUCCACAAACUAAAAAGAGUGAGAUUAUAUCAAAAAUUGUUUCAGUCCCCCCUGAGUUCCCCACACCCUGGGGAGCCAUAUCACCCAUAUUAAGAACUUGUAGCCUAAAUAAAUCUUAUAUGGGUGUAUUCAUAGAGUAGUUUUCCUUUGCUUACAUAGCACAUAUCUACUAUGCCAACCUCUUGUUUUGUAAUAUGCUUUUCUUGGAUCCAGCCUUAGAACACCAAGAGAUAUCUUCAUCAACAUUAACUGUCAUUACAAUAACAUCUAGUCAAGAAUAGUCUAAAUGGCCGGGUGUGGUGGCUCACGCUUGUAAUCCCAGCACUUUGGGAGGCCAAAGUGGGUGGAUCACUUUGAGCUGAGGAGUUCGAGACCAGCCUGAGCAACAUGGUGAAACCCCAUCUCUACUAAAAAUACAAAAAUUAGCCGGGCAUGGUGGUGGGCACCUAUGAUCCCAGCUACUGGGGAGGCUGAGGCAGGAGAAUCACUUGAACCUGGGAGGCAGAGGUUGCAGUGAGCUGAGAUAGCACCACUGCACUCCAGCCUGAGCGACAGAAUGAGACUCCAUCUCAAACAGACAAAAAAGUCUAAAUGUCCUCAAUACCGUCCGUGUGUGGCACUAGUGACGUAAUUUCUGGCAAAUGCUUUAUCAGCAUUUUCUUUCCAUAGUUUAUGGAGAUGUUCAUCCAUCUUUUCAUUUAGUCAUUCAGUAAGUAUUUGAGUGCCUAUUAUGGGUUAGGCUUGGGUACAUAGUGGUGUAAUAAAGUCUGUAUCCUUGUGGAGUUUAAAAUCUAGUUCAACUUGUUCCUCCUUCUCCUUUAUCACUAAAAUACAGAUUCCAGCCAUCAGUGCUGCUAUGGUCACCAUGAAAUUGAGGCUACAGAAAUUCCUUUGGAAAUGUCUGAUUUAGACAUUUAUCACUUUCAGAUGUUUUAGCCAUGAAAGAAUCUCAUGGAUUUAUUGAAGAAAUAUGCUAUGGUCAAGGACAAGGUAUUGGCUCUAGAAGCCGAAUUACUAGUCUUUAUCCUGGCUUUUUAUUUGUGAGACCAUGGAGAGUUGUUUCAACCCUAGCAACCUUGAUUUACUCUUUAAAACAGAGAAAAUGGGCUGGGUGUGGUGGCUCACGCCUGUAAUCCCAGCACUUUGGGAGGCUAGACAGUCAGAUCACUUGAAGUCAGGAGUUUGAGACCAGCCUGGCCAGCAUGGUGAAACCCCGUAUCUACUAAAAAUACAAAAAUUAGCUGGGCCUGGUGGCACAUGCCUGUAAUAUUAGCUACUUGGGAGGCCCAGGCAGGAGAAUCUCUUGAACCAGGAGGUGGAGGUUGCAGUGAGUCGAGAUCCCACCAUUCCACUCCAGCCUGGGCGACAGAGACUCAAAAAAAAAAAGAGCAGAAAAAAUGAUAAACAACUUGCAGGUUGUUGUAUGGUAUAAUGGUCAUACAUUAUUUUCUACUUUUUCUGGUAAAGAGUUGGUGUGUCAUGGAAAGUACCUGUUCUAUGUGUGUGUGUCUGUGUGUAUAAUUUGGUGUGAAAAUUAAAGAGAAAAAAACAAUAAAAAACCCUUUCCUAUAGUUAUGUGUAAAUUACCAUGGUGUGCUGCAAAAAACAUGUCAAGGUGAUAGAAUUAUUUUGACUUUCCUGUACAAUUAUAAAAUGACUCAGUGAGUUUGGUUAGAUAUCCUCGUUCUUUGACUCUAUAUCCUCGUCUGCUUAUGACCAAAAAAAAGAAAAAAAAAUGGCAAGGGUCUUCCAAACUCUAAAGAAUAUGUCAACUAUGAUACAAGUAGCAGUUAGCCUUAUAACUAACUGUAAACACUAUCUGUGGGUUUUAAGUUUUACCUGAGCAUUGGAUAUUAACAGACCAUUAACCCAACUUUCAAAAAUAUGAACCCUAUGAACUUCACAACUGAAACCAGAUCUAUAUGCCUGAGAGAAGUAAAAUCAUGUCAUGAAAUCAAACGGUGGCUGAUGCGCCCAAAUUCUGGCCUCAUCCUCUAACUGGAGGACAACUGGCAGGACAGCAACUGGGCUCUGCCUUUUUUCAGUCCAGCAACAUCUUCCACUCAACCCACGCCAUUUGGCAGUUUCCCCAUUGCCCCUGGCACCUAGCCCUCCGGUACCGGGAACUAAAUAUCUUCGACCAUCCCGCCAGCGGGCUCUGCCUACUUAACCUGAGGCAGGUAAAAGCGCCUCACGCAGGGUUAGGAACCUCCGGGGGCGAGGCGUGGCGUAGCGUAAGGUAGUGUUGGGGAAAUUUGCGGCUGUGGAUUGGGGGACCGGAAAGGGAGGGGUGGGCCGCAGGCGCCGGACGUGACGUAAGCAGGAAAGGACUUUCCGCCGAGAAAUAGGGGGCGCGUGUUUGGAAACUGAUAGAAAAGAUAAAGGGACCGAGCUGCUGUCAGCCUGGCUUACUGAUCUGCGUCCAUUUCACCACGGAAUCAGUUACUAAGCACUUUUUUCUUUUUUUGGUUCUUUGCAACGUGAGUGGCAUUGGCUCAGUGAUUUCCAUGAGCAUCUCUACGAGAAAACGUUGCCUCGAUGAGGUGUGGUGGAAGCCCGGCAGCCCCUUCUAAUUGGCUAGGCUUGAGAAAGCGUGUACCUUUGCAUUUCUGAAAUUAACUCAGCGUGAUCGGCAAGAUUUUCCUGAGCAUCUGGUGUCAAGACACUCGUCACUGUUAAUUCGGAAAGGAAAAAAAACACCGUUUUCCAGCAUUUCUCUUGGUGGAGAACUAAACAACAGGAAAAAUGUCUGUUUUCCCUAAGAUAUCUUUGAGACCCGAGGUUGAAAACUAUCUUAAGGAAGGCUUUAUGAAUAAGGAGAUUGUGACUGCUUUAGGUAAACAAGAAGCAGAAAGGAAGUUUGAAACUUUGUUAAAGCACCUGUCACAUCCUCCGUCAUUCACAACUGUCAGAGUGAAUACACAUUUAGCCUCAGUACAACAUGUGAAAAAUCUGUUACUUGAUGAACUUCAGAAGCAGUUUAAUGGAUUAAGUGUUCCUAUUCUUCAACAUCCAGACCUUCAAGAUGUGUUACUUAUUCCUGUUAUUGGACCCAGAGUUGGGGGAUGUGUGGAAGAUGAAACUGAAGAAGUUGGGAGAGGCAGAAAGAAUAUUAAAAAACAACAGUGUGAAGCCAUUGUUGGAGCCCAGUGUGGCAAUGCAGUUUUAAGAGGAGCCCAUGUCUAUGCCCCAGGAAUUGUGUCAGCGUCAAAAUUUAUGAAAGCUGGAGAUGUUAUUUCGGUAUACUCUGAUAUUAAAGGAAAAUGUAAGAAAGGAGCCAAAGAAUUUGAUGGAACAAAAGUAUUUCUUGGAAAUGGGAUUUCUGAACUAAGCCGCAAAGAAAUCUUCAGUGGAUUACCUGAACUGAAGUAUGUCAUCAGAGGCACGGGCAUAAGAAUGACAGAACCAGUAUAUCUCAGCCCUUCAUUUGACAAUGUACUGCCCCGUUACUUAUUUUUACAGAAUUUGCCAUCUGCCUUAGUAACUCAUGUACUAAAUCCUCAACCUGGAGAGAAGAUUCUAGACUUGUGUGCAGCACCUGGAGGGAAAACAACACACAUUGCAGCACUAAUGCAUGAUCAGGGAGAAGUUAUAGCACUGGAUAAAAUCUUCAACAAAGUAGAAAAAAUAAAGCAGAAUGCCUUAUUGUUAGGGCUGAAUUCCAUCAGGGCAUUUUGUUUUGAUGGAACAAAGGCGGUUAAACUUGAUAUGGUGGAGGACACAGAAGGGGAUCCUCCAUUUCUACCAGAAUCCUUUGACCGAAUUCUUCUGGAUGCACCCUGUAGUGGAAUGGGACAGAGACCAAACAUGGCCUGUACUUGGUCUUUGAAGGAAGUGGCAUCAUAUCAGCCAUUACAGCGAAAACUCUUCACUGCAGCAGUUCAGCUGCUGAAGCCAGAGGGUGUGCUGGUUUAUAGCACGUGCACUAUAACACUGGCCGAAAAUGAAGAACAAGUUGCCUGGGCCCUGACAAAAUUUCCUUGCCUUCAGCUUCAGCCCCAGGAACCGCAGAUUGGAGGAGAAGGAAUGAGGGGAGCUGGGCUCUCAUGUGAACAAUUGAAACAGCUGCAGCGAUUUGAUCCGUCGGCUGUGCCAUUACCGGACACUGACAUGGACUCUCUUAGAGAGGCCAGAAGAGAAGACAUGUUGCGUCUGGCUAAUAAGGACUCUAUAGGUUUUUUUAUUGCAAAAUUUGUAAAAUGCAAAAGCACAUAGGAGAGGGAUGGAUGCUCAGAAAUGAAAAUUCCAAACAUUUGCUGUCUGUGGUUUUUUUUUUUUUUUUUUUUUUUUUUUAAACCAAAGUGUUGUCAGGCCAACUGAAUGAUGACGUGGUUGCUAAGGAAACAGAAAAGGCUGCCAGCUGUUUUACCAGGGAUCCAGAGACAUAGAGGAAGUAGGGGGUGGUAUGAGAUUAUAUUUUCUGUUUUUAAAAGAAUUUUUUUCUUUGUGUAUUUAGUAGAGUAUAAAGAAAAGCAGAUACCUAUAGAUGUCUGGAGCAUAUUUUCAUUUGUGAUCUAAUGUUUUAAUUUGUAAAGUAUCCAAGUCAUUUUUAACGUUAAAAAUUAGUGAAUCUAACAAAAGAAAUAAAUUAGCAAUAUUUGAUGUGGUUAUGAAAA